AAUUCAAUAUUCCUAUUCUUCAAUGCUCUUUAAGACACGUGUCAUUUAGGGUUUUAAAAGGCAUUUAAAAUGUUAAUGGGGGGGGAAUGUUAUAAAGUCAGUAUAAAUUAAUAUCUGGGGGAUGGCUCACCUGUUUUACGCGAGGGACAAACUGAAGAAUACGGGCCCACUCAAACGCAUCACCCCCUUUGCUCGGCCUGAAAGCAAUUCACUCUGAUGACGUCACUCGCAGAGUUGUCAUGGCGUCUUUGGGACUGAAGCUGCUGCUGCAAUUUAGCUAAAAUCUGUCGACAGUCUGUACAUCGAAAUGGAGAAAAAUGCAAGCCUGCAUCGAGACACUGACGGGAGCACGCUGUGUGCCACGAUUGCAGGAAAGAUGGGCGAUGUUACGGCUGUCGGUGGAGUAAAAGGAACAGCUGAUAAAUGCAAGAAUAGUGAGGCUGCUCUCAGUAGUUUGGUCAACGUUAGUUGUAAUAACAGCAUCACAAAUGUGAGUGCUCCCGGCGCAGUGAAUGUCAUCUCUAGUGCUGGGAAGUCGGACGUGCUAGAAGUGAUCCAAGUCCUCCCCGUGCAGGAGCAUAAGAAGAAGAGGAGCGAGUCGGGGUCCGGGGAUCAGAUCAGUAACGGGAUGGGGCAUGACUCGGUGCUGGCUGCAAGAGAUAACGAGGGUGGUGCCUCAAAGUUAGUAAACAACACCCCUGACGGCCCGUCCUCACCUCCCGCUAAGGAGGGCGCAGAUGUGCAUGCUGAAGUGUUGACUUGUGCAGAAAGUGAACCGACAAAACUUGCCAAACCGACUCAUCUUUGCACGGACAACGCAAUCACGGCGCACGUCAGAUCGGGGCUGUCCGGUGAUCACACCUUAUCGGAGGGAUUGCCGAGUGGGAGUGACCCCGAUCCCAGCCUCGGUGGAGAGUCCCGAAGCAUUGAUUCCCUGGAGUCUUUCUCUAACCUCAACUCCUGCCCCAGCUCCGAUCUGAACAGCGAGGGGCUGGAGGACCGAGGACUGGCCCUGGCGCUGCAGGGCGAGUACGAGGCCGAUGGGACAAAGACAGCCUGUGCGAAGGAACGGGCCGCCGCCGGACAGUCUCUAUACCACAUCAAGUGGAUCAAGUGGAGGGAGGAGAACACGCCGAUCAUCACCCAGAACGAGAACGGCCCUUGUCCAUUACUGGCAAUCAUGAAUGUCCUUCUGCUUGCAUGGAAGGUUAAGAUGCCACCUAUGAUGGAAAUUAUUACUGUUGAGCAACUGAUGGAGUAUCUUGGAGACUACAUUCUGGAAACCAAGCCUAAAGAGAUAUCAGAGGCUCAGCGGCUAAACUAUGAGCAGAACAUGAGUGAUGCCAUGGCGGUGUUGCACAAGCUGCAGACGGGUCUGGAUGUGAACGUGAAGUUCACAGGGGUGCGGGUCUUCGAGUACACCCCAGAAUGCAUUGUGUUUGAUCUGCUCGACAUCCCUCUGUACCACGGCUGGCUGGUUGACCCCCAGAUGCAGGACAUUGUCAAGGCAGUGGGAAACUGCAGCUACAACCAGCUGGUAGAGAAGAUAAUAUCCUGCAAACAGUCAGACAACAGUGAGCUAGCAGGGGAAGGCAUCGUGGCAGAGCAGUUUCUGAGCAGCACAGCCACUCAGCUUACGUACCACGGCUUAUGUGAGCUCACAUCCACCGUACAGGAGGGAGAGCUCUGUGUCUUCUUCAGGAAUAACCACUUCAGCACCAUGAUCAAAUACAAGGGCCAGCUGUACCUCCUAGUCACAGACCAAGGCUUCCUGACGGAGGAGAAGGUCGUCUGGGAGAGUCUGCACAACGUCGACGGAGACGGAAACUUCUGUGACUCUGAGUUCCGGUUGCGGCCUCCGUCGAACCCAGAGACUGUGUACCGAGGCCAGCAGGAUCAGAUAGACCAGGACUAUCUGAUGGCGCUGUCGCUGCAGCAGGAGCAGCAGAGCCAGGAUGUGCAGUGGGACCAGCUGCCCGAGGGCAUCAGUGACCUCGAGCUGGCAAAAAAGCUCCAGGAAGAGGAGGACCGGCGCGCCUCCCAGUACUACCAGGAGCAGGAGCAGGAGCAGGCGGCGGCAGAGGCACAGCAGGGCCAGCCAGAGCCGGCCGAGGGAGAGGAGGUGGACAGAGGAGGAGCAGGAGGAGCAGGAGGAGGAGCAGGAGGAGCAGGAGGAGCAGGAGGUGGAGCAGGAGGAGGAGCAGCAGCCGGCACUGGGACGGCAGCUGCAGCAGGAGCCACACCCAGCCCGGGAAAACAGACCUCUAAUGUGGAGCGCAAAGCCAAGAAAGAAUCGAAGGAUAAAGACAAAUGUAUGAUUUUGUAACAUACAGUGUGUCUGUAUGAGUGUGAGUUUUAGGUGCAUUUGCUUUUUAUGUGAGAAAGGGGACUGCAUUUGUCUCUCCAUGUACUGGACACUUGGACAAACAAGGGAAGGAGACGUUAUGAGGAGAGAUGCGUAGAGACUAACAGAGGAUUUGCUGUUCCCACACCACUGGUGCCUGCUAUCCUCUAUCCCAGAGGAAGGGACACUACAACGACAACUACCCCUUAUCUUUCAUACAGUCGGCCAAACUCUGUUACAAGUAGCACAGUGCACUAUAUUUGUGAUGUGGGGUCAAGUUUAUUCGGGGUGGUAUAUUUUAUAGCAAAAGACAUAAUCUGAAGAGACAAAAUGUCACCUUCUCUCCAUUUUACUUUUCCCAAAAAGUUCAAUCAUUUCACUCAUGUGUCAUUGCUGCAGCUUAUAAGCUUUUUUGUACGUUUCAAUAUUUACAAAAUGCGUUUUUUAAGUUGAUGCCAAGAUUCACUUUUUAUUUAUGUAUCUGUGUAAGAUACUUUUUAUUUUUCUGGAAGCUGAGAGGGAUUUGCUCAUAAUAUUGCCUGUAUGAAUUUGGUGUAACACUAUUUGUGUCCCCUCCGUAACACUAUGUACCGAAGGGUUCAUUAAUGCCAGAUAGCUGCCAGACUCUGUAACUACGCAACAAAACUCAUCACAGUUUGUUCAGAUUUGCCUUACCAGAGUAUGGCAGUGUUUUAUUCUGCUCUGUCUGAAUGUGAGUGUGUUUGUUUUGUGUGUAUUGUAUGUACAGUUGACUUGUGGUAAACACAUUUACUGAACAUCGCUGACGCUGAAGUUUAGGUUUGGAAUUAGACAAAUCUUUUUACGCCGUAUAAGUUCAGAAAAGGAUUUGUCUUUCCUUUUUAUGUUGUGAUUUUAUUUUACCAAAUGUAUGUUGAGGCAGUCAAACUGAAAAGAACGUUUCUGGUUUAAGUUGUUUCUGUGAGAGACCCAACUUUCUUUUGGAAGAUUAGAUUUGUAUUAGAUUGCACCAAGUUUAGAUUGUGUGGUAGUUCUCAAAGGCCCGUUUCUUUCCCACAGUCCCUUGCAGUUUCCUGAAGAGCUGAAGUGUGCGUAUAUGUGUGUGUAUGUGUGUGUGUGAUUGCAGGCACUAUCAUAAUCCCCUGUGUUUAGAAGUUCCACUGCAGUCACGCUUAAAAAGAAAUACUGCAAAACAUAGUUAUUUGCAUGUAAUCUUCUUGACAAGGGAAGUUCAUUUAAUAUUUGUCAACAGGUUAUUUUCCAGUAACCUGAAUCCAAAAUAUGUGACACAGAGAUUUACAACACAAGUUCAAACUCCAGUUACAAAGUAGGGAACCUGACUUGUGUCAUGCUGCUGUUUUCUCAAAUGGACGUUUCCUUUACCGUUCUCCACCAGUUCAUUCAAUGUAUUUUUUAGCCCCAUUCUGGGUAAAGAUUCUCAAAUGUCAAAUUCAUAGAGGGAUACAUUAAUCAGUUAAUUGUUGAACAUUAGGUUUCUUUUACAAACUAAGUUUUCCUGGGGGCAUACGAUAUAUACUCUGAAUUCUGUGGUAUGGACUUUUUACUUGUGUGCAUUUCACUGCAGCGCGCAAACACGUGAUGUACAUAUUUACCUAAUGCAUUCUUAUAAUGGAUCUAGCUGGUGGUUUGUGCCAUUAUUGUACCAUGGGACUGCCUCCUGAGAGACUUUUCUAUCUAUACAUUCCAAGUGGAUGCCUUGACUCUAGCCUUCUGUUACAGACUGAGGGAGACAGUUUUUGCAGUGCUUGUAAAGCGGUCUCCAUUGUUGUGUUCUGUGAGAACGAGUUCACGGCCAGGAUAAUUACAUGGAGGCAGCAGGCUACCUACUGUGUGGGAAACCCUUUCUGGUGGGCUCCAUGUGACGGCUGGAGAUUGAGCUCCAUGUUUGUUUGGCCCUAAGGCCGCAUUUUGUAAAUAAUUAAACGCCUUACAACAUUUCAACACAUUUUAUAGGACAAAAGGAAACGGGUGGAUUUCCAGAACAAGACAAUCCAUGCAUUUUUUCACAUCAAAAAUACUCUCAGGCCUUUUGUGUAGGGACAUACCCUCCAGUGUCUUUUAUGUAUUGGCACAGUUCCUCGGCCUAUAAUCACUUCCUAAAUCACAACUUAAUUUCUGCGAAUGUAAACGCACAACUAUUUUAAAUAUGAAGGACACUAUAUUAUUUAAGACCCUCGUUGACUUUUACACUAAAGAAAUGAAUAAAGCUGCUCCUCGUGUCAUUUUUGACUACCUGAAAGAAAUAAAAACCUUGGACAGGGUAAAGAAACAUUGUUGAUUAUAUAUAUUUGACAUCGACUCCUUAGCUGUUUAUUUUUUUCAUUGAGCUUAAAAUAAUUACACAUAUAAUAAGGUGAAUGCAAGAAGGAAGUGUUUGGCAACAUUGCUUCUUUUUUUGUCCGUCUUUUCUGAAUUUCACCUCAUUUAUAUCUCGGCACAUCAAGUGAACAUGCUGAUUAAACAUUCUUGGGUGAAUAUUUAAUAACGUCACUUGGUGUCGUUUAAAAUAAUAUGGGAAGUUUUAUUUUGGCCUGUGUUUGUAUGAGUGAAAAGAGUGCGAAAUGACACAUGCCACCCAUUCUAAUUAUUUUAGAUUUACUACUGUGCAUUAGCUUGCUACCCCUCGUCAUUACUAUCCGAAUUUGAUAUUUUGUUGUAAUGUGUUUGUUUCACCCUAGUCCCUAAGACGAUUUGAUCAGAAGGAUAUUGUGUGUUCAAUGUCUCAAAGUGGUUUUUAUUGUAUGCCUUGUAAAAGUGAUGGUGGGGUAAAUGCUGUAAAAUUAGUGUUUUGACAAGGUGGUCGUUGAACAAAUAGUCGUUGUAAUUGGUUUUGCACUGUUACAUUGAUAUUACUGUUGAUAUGCACUAACAAAAGAGAAACAUACCUCAUUUUAUACAGAACAUACAUUGUGCAAGAGUGCUAUUGUCCUUUGGGUACUUAAAAAAAACUGAAUCAUGGCCAAAGGAUUAUCUCAACAUGGUAGCAGUUUCUUAAACCAGCUGAAUAAUAUUAAUUUGUAAAAAUAUGAAAGGGCUGUUACAUUCUUUUGGCUUGAAAUGAAAGUACAUUGGUCAAAACAACUAGUACCACUUUAAAGGAACUUGCUGCAGUUUGAUAUAUUCAGGUUAGAGGUACACCUAUACCAGACAACAGGAUACCAGUACAAGGCCUGAGUACCAGCACAGAGCUCAAAGACGACGAGGGACAUGUGAAUUACAACACAAGACCGAUGGCUUUCAUUUGAAUGGUCCAACAGAGGCAGUUUUUCUACAAAAUACAGAAGAAAAUAUGUAGACAACCCAGGUACUCGACUCAAUCAGCAAAAAAUGGUGUAGGUGCACCCCUAAUUCAGGUAGUUAUUUUUCCAGGCCAGAGUCCAUCUUUUAACUACACAAUUUACUCAAAUAUGCUCACACCUUGACAAACAAAAAAGGGGAAAUGGCUGAUUUCUAAAGCUUAAGUGUCAUCUAUGUAGCAAAAAGAGGGACAUGCAGAGUGCUGAACAAUCUAAAGGGAGCAUUUCUUUAAUGCAAUAUCAAACUCCCUGAUUGUACUUUGUGGUGCAUUUAGUGUGGACUUAAAUACUAGAAAGAGUAACGUUUUAUUAACUAUCCCAAAAAAUAUAAUUUCCACUGUAUGGCCCACUGUUUAUAUUUCACAUGAAACAUACAAGCAGAAGGAAGGUGUUUGUUGGGAGGUUACUCAUUUGUGUUGAUUUCAAUGUUCAUCUAUUUACAUAAAUGACCAAAUAAUGUAUGUAGCUGUUCACAUCACAGUCACAUAAUGUAUAUGGUGAUAUAUAUAUAACAAAAUGCCUUAUAGACGAGGGACAUUCAACCUGAUUAGAAGUACCACCAGGA